AUGUUAUCGAAGGAUGCGUAUAGUGAUACGUUCGUGACGGGUGCUUGCAAGACAGUCCAGUCGUGGUUACAAAUCGGCAUAGUUUCGCUGGUCACUAACGUCUGGUGUGAUGUUAAUUUUACAUUACCGAUACUGCUACGUCUAAAAACACUACAAAGUCGUCUCUGCUUUGACGAACACAUUCACUACACCGAUACAUCCGAACCGAUCAGUAUGGAGGUUACUUUGCUUGCUGCGCUCUUGACAAUCCAUCUGACUGCAGUUGUUUCAACAGGUGAGCUUUUGAAGAUUACUCCUCUUAUCCUUGGCUACUUUUCGAUCAUUAUUUCGGAUAAAUGA